CCGGGGUUCAGAGUGCGGGCCGCGGAGCGGGCAACGCCGCUUCGGCAUGGGUCCGCGCGCUGGUCUUGCGCGGGCGAUGCCGCCCGGUCCUCCCUGACGUCUGACGCCAAGUGUCGCCGCCCCGAUGGCCGCCGAGCCCCCAGCGCUGCGUCUGCGGCCGCCGGGAAGCACCGGAGACAACCAGCCGGUGCCGCGCCUGCUCGGAGGCUGCGUGCCGCUGUCGCAUCAGGUGGCUGGCCACAUGUACGGCAAGGACAAAGUGGGCAUACUCCAACACCCGGAUGGUACAGUUCUGAAACAGCUACAGCCGCCACCACGGGGCCCGAGAGAGCUGGAAUUUUAUACCAUGGUUUACGCUGCUGACUGUGCCGAUGCUGUUCUCCUGGAGCUGCGGAAACACCUGCCCAAGUACUACGGCGUCUGGUCCCCUCCCACCGCGCCAAACGAUGUAUACCUAAAACUGGAAGAUGUGACUCAUACGUUUAAUAAGCCCUGCAUAAUGGACGUGAAGAUAGGGCGGAAGAGCUAUGACCCCUUUGCCUCACCCGAGAAAAUCCAGCAGCAGGUCAGCAAGUACCCUCUGAUGGAGGAGAUCGGCUUCCUAGUGCUCGGCAUGAGGGUGUAUCACGUUCAUUCUGACAGCUAUGAGACCCGAAACCAGCACUACGGAAGAAGCUUAACGAAAGAGACUCUGAAGGAAGGGGUCUCCAAGUUUUUCCACAAUGGCUUCUGUUUAAGAAAAGAUGCAAUUGCCGCCAGUAUUCAAAAGGUUGAGAAGAUUCUCCAGUGGUUUGAAAAUCAGAAGCAGCUCAACUUUUAUGCAAGUUCUUUACUGUUUGUUUAUGAAGGUUCAUCUCAGCCAGCUACUACAAAAUCAAAUGAUAGAACUUUGGCGGGGAAGUUUCUCUCCAAAGGACACCUGUCGGACGCUGAUGUCCUGGAGUGUAAUAACAACUUCCAUCUGUUCAGCUCCCCGGCCAACGGGACCUCCGUAGGCAAAAGCUUCUCCAAGGUGUACUCGAGGCACAGAAAGCUGUACACAAAAAAGCACCAGAGUCAGACUUCCCUGAAGGUUGAAACUCUGGAGCAAGACAACGGGUGGAAGAGCAUGUCCCAGGAACAUUUAAACGGCAAUGUGCUCUCCCAACUGGAAAAAGUGUUGUACCACCUCCCCUCGGGUCGGCCGGAGAUCGCGCAGGUAGAAGUACGGAUGAUAGACUUUGCUCACGUGUUCCCGAGCAACACAGUAGAUGAGGGGUAUGUUUACGGCCUGAAGCAUCUAAUCGCCGUGCUUCGGAGUAUUUUAGACAGUUGAGUCCUGCUGCAGUCUGUGAGGGAGCAGGGUCAACCACCGUGGAGAGCCGCAGGCAUUAGCCGUGCACCUGUAAUGCUCUGUAAAAAAGAAAAAAAAAAUUUGUAUUGUGAGUCAACGUCUUAUUUGUCUUUAUACUUUUGGUAGAAGGUUAACUUUUUUAUAUUCUUACUCAGGAAUACUAAUUUGUUCAUUAGAAAACUAUGAAGAAUAAAGAAACAGGAAUGUCGAGCAGGGAAUGUGGGACGGGGUAAGCAAAGUGCAAAACCAUUACUCAGUCAUUCAGAAUUCAUGGAGCUUCCUGCAGCAGGUCACCUUGAGAUCUCUGUCCACCCAACCUUGCCGGUGAGCCGUAUUGAAACUUCGACAUCAUAUUCAGGCCACCUUAAGAUCUA